ACUACUGACGCUAACCUCGAUUUCUGGGACAUGGAUUUCUGGCACACUUUUAUUCCAACUGGUAAUGGUUGGUAUACCAUGCUUCACCAUGAUAACACUACUCAUCAGGUCAAAAUUAGCAAAUCUCCCGAUCAGGGCUAUUAUUAUAUUUACAAUACUGGAUGCAGGGAUGGCAACUAUCCUAACGCCGAAAACCCUGAUGACAGAAAGAUCUAUUGCGAUGAACCAGGUAAUAACACACAGGAACGAGUCAAAUACAACUGGGAAUUUACUAAUAUAUUAACCGAAGUGGGCAAAUACUAUAAUAUAAACUCGACCAUGACCAAUUUUAAAUAUGAAAAACCUUCUAAGGAACAAUUAGACAAGCAUCUUAAAUUGAACAUGGUGGGCAACUUAACUUUUCCCAACUGUAGUCCUGAUAAUUUAACCAGAGAGGCGACGCUCGAGAAGACCCUGACACAAACUUAUAGCAUAUCUAUGAAAGAAGCUUAUAUGUGGGCUACUGAAGUGAGCUGGGAGGUGGACAAGAAGGUACGGGAGACACAACUGUCCACCACUAAGGAGUAUAAGAUAACCAAAGAGAUAGUGAGUGUACCGCCGGAUAUGUGCAUUAAAGCCUUGUCUUAUGUGAAAUGGAUUGACAACUUGGAGUUGCCCUAUCAAGCAGUUAUCCAGAUAUCCAUUCCCUGGAUGGUGGCAAAUACCCUAUUUCAGAAAAUCCUGACACUCGAUUUGUCUUCUGCAAUGAGCCUGACCCUGACACAAUCAUAUAGUAUAACUAUGGAGGAGUCGCAUACGUUUGUCAAUAGGUUCUGCGGCCGGUUUAGCGUAACCGCGGGUGUCAGCGGCGAUCUCAUGGGUAUAGUAGAGGUCUCGGUGUCCACUACGGCUGAAUUGGAGUGGGAGUUGGGACAGGAGUCCAGUGAGACUCGGGGCACACAACUGUCCGCCACAAAGGAGUAUAAGAUAUCCGACAGAGACUGUGAAUAUACCGCCGGACACUUGCAUUAA